GCACCAGCGCGGCCACAUUCAGCAUCCAGCAGCGCAACAUCUCUCCGCGCUUUCGUCAGACUUUCUGCGCGGUGUCUGGGAUCGGAUUCACUUCAACUGGGACGACUGGGAUUUUCAAAAAUAAAAAUGGCUUUGAGAGGACCUUUAUCCAGUCUUCUCAGGACUCAACUGGGACACACGUGUCAACAGAGCAGGGCUCAGUCUGUGGCUGUGCUGGGAGCUCCUUUUUCAAGAGGACAGAAAAGAAGAGGUGUGGAGCACGGCCCUAAAGCCAUCAGAGAUGCGGGGCUCAUCGACAGGCUCUCCGGUUUAGACUAUUCUGUCCACGACUUUGGCGAUCUCAACUUCCACCACCUUGAGAAGGACGAACCCUACAUGGAUGUAAAGUUCCCUCGCUCAGUGGGUGGGGCAAGCAAGAUGCUGUCUGGCGCAGUGAGCAGAGCUGUCGGCGCUGGACACACACUUGUCAUGCUGGGAGGUGACCACAGCCUUGCUAUUGGAUCAGUGGGAGGCCACACCCGGCAGUGUCCUGACCUGUGUCUCAUCUGGGUUGACGCUCAUGCAGACAUAAACACGCCCAUGACUUCGCCAUCAGGAAAUCUCCACGGCCAGCCUGUGGCGUUCAUACUCAAAGAGCUGCAAGACAAGAUGCCAGAUAUCCCAGGGUUCUCCUGGAUGAAGCCAUGCCUAACCUCGAGGGACCUGGUGUACAUCGGGCUGCGGGACGUUGACCCUGGAGAGUACCACAUCCUGAAGAACCUGGGUAUCCAGUACUUCACCAUGAGGGAUAUCGACAGACUAGGCAUCCAGAGGGUCAUGGAAGUCACUCUUGACCAUCUUCUGGCAAGAAACCAGCGACCGAUCCACUUGAGCUUUGACAUCGACUCAUUCGACCCGUCUCUGGCUCCAGCCACAGGAACACCAGUGAACGGAGGUUUGACCUACAGGGAGGGAAUCUACAUCGCAGAGGAAAUCCAUAACACAGGUCUGCUGUCGGUCUUGGACAUGGUGGAAGUGAACCCACUGCUGGGGGCCAACCCCGAAGCCGUGGAGGCCACUGCCUCUUUAGCGGUCGACGUCAUUGCGUCGUCUCUGGGACAGACGAGAGAAGGCGCUCAUGUACCUGUGGAUGAGAUUCCCUCCGUGAAGGACGACACAGAGCAGCUGCGCCUCUGAGAGCACGAGGCAAAGCUAUGAACUUUACCACGUCAUCCCUGAGCAUUCCACAAUUCUGAAUACAAGACUGUAAAGACUGAAUCUAAUGGUAGCUGCAGGUUUUGUUGUCACCUCUUUGCUGUUUUAGGGUUAUGUUUAGUGAAGAAAAACAUUUAGAAGAAGAGUUCACUUUCAUGCCGGGGUGGGCAGUGUUUGUUUUUGCAUCACUGGGCAGAGCAUAUUUCAAUUCAAGCGUUAUGAGAGAGACUUCUGCAUCUCCUCUUGGCUUUGCUUUAGAAAAUCUACCCCAAUGAUGGGAGGUUUUGGCCAAUCACAGGUCAUGUCAGAGAGAGGGCGUUCCUAUCAGCUGUUCUACAAAUGCAGAUGCAGAUGCAGAUGCACGUCCCUUCAGUGGAAGCCUGAUUCACUGGCGGAGAAUCCUGCAGAGAAAGUUGCUAUUCCAGCAUUGGCACGACUGCCCGCACUACAAAGGAACCCAAAAAAGGAAGACUUAUCAAACAGAGUCUAAAAGUCUGACAAUAAAAGCAAUAUAAGUCAAUAUCAGCAAAGCGUUUCAGAGAUGGAGAGAAAAUGUUGCUGAUAGUUAAGCCUGUUGCUAACCGCUGUAGCUAAUUCAAGUGAUGAUUCAAGUUCAUGUUUAUGCAGCUAGCUAGAGUCUCGAAUCACAGUGUGUCAUCCUGGCCCCCAGGAACAGCGCCAGGCUUUGACACCAAUAUUACAUAGUAGCCAAACAUGGAAUUACAACGUUCGUCACGUGAUGUCAAGUGGCCCAAAAAUACUUUUUUCCAUGGACUUCAAUUGUGAAAGAGACGAAAAAGAGACACGAAAUGUCUCUUUCCACUAUCUGAAUUUGAUCCAUUCCAUCUGAUAACAUCUCGAAAGUAUAGAAGAGCCGCACAAUUAAAUCUUUUUUAUCCCCAAGUUAGCAGAGGGCUAAACCAGCAAGUUAGCUGCUUGCCUGCCCUUAGUCUGUAGUGCGCUUGUUCUCUGGGCCCUAUGAUAAGGAAGAUCCAAGUAAUUUCAUAACGCAGAAAUUAAACUUUCUUGGCUUCAUUCGCCACCGUGCAACUUUCAAAAGAAUAACUGGGGCCCUACCUGUAUCCAGUUAUUUUUAUACAUCCACGAUGUCACCCCAAAGGGCUCUGCGGGCCCACGCGUUUGCAAGGAAAACAGGAUGAUAUCUCUUGUGGAGUUGCUGCCUUCUAACAACAUCAGGAUGACAAUCACAAUCGAGAUGAUUGAAAGAAUGACUAGUACUCUUAUGGGUGUCUGUCUGGUGGGAGGGGCUUAGGACAGAGAGGGGAGCGCUGCAGAAGGAGGACUCUAUUUUCAAAUUCUGCUGUUUUAUUUUCCAGAAAACUGUCUACCCCAGCUUUAAUAAUGCAGGGACAAACGUCUUUGACAUGAUGUUAACUACUACAUGUAUUGAUGGAAAUACUUGUCAUUGAAACAGCAAUACUAACUUAUUUUGCUCCUGUAUGUUAUAGUUAAGAUGUGUUAAGAGACACAGCUGCCACAUAUUUAUUAUGCGUUUGGUUUACAAGAGAAUGAACCUGCCUCAGAGGUAUGAUAAACCAAGUUUGAUGGAGUUUGGAGUCCACUGUCUGAUGUGGACUCUUACAGUAGUUUUGUGGCUGUGCCAGUAACUAAAAAUUAGUGAGGAUGUGUUUGCACUUUUGGACCAGCUGUGGUUACUGUAUUUUCUUUAGAGUUUACUUUUGUAUUUUCACAAUGAACGUAGAAUUACUGUGUGUAUAAAUAACUGACUACAUCAGUGUUAUUUGGCUUGAGAACCGAAAAUAUCCAGCUUUAAUUUAAAUGCUGGCAAAAACAAAACAGUUAUUUGCUUAUUAAAGUUUGAACUGAUCAGAUGCUUGACUUGAUGUGGCUGACUAUUGUCCUUGUAACAAGGAGUCUAUAUUUUGGUCUUCCAUAAAUGUGAUUACAUUUUUCGUUCACGUGAA